AUGUCGUUCGUACGCGCACUGGCCAUCAACUUUGGCAGGGUUGCCACCUUCAUUCAGGUCCUCUUCUACCUUCCGCUCGCUCUCGACAUUGCUGGUCAGGAUGCGUUUCUGGCACUCUCUGCAUCUCUAGCCUCGUACUAUCUCUUCCUAUCCACCGUACGUCUAUUGACGCGAGCAACGAGGCUUGCCUGGAUCGGUCAGACGCUCGCCGUCUUCCAGUUCAUCGUCAUUCCUGCCUGCCUUUUGGUAUGCUUCAAUGUCUACUCUCCGCCUUCGGCAACCAUCUUCCCACCACGUCGACCCGACAGCCAGGACAAGACGCCGAGCGAAGCCAUCAGCAGUUUGUUCUCGCGCAGUCACGCCACAGCAUCGCUCGAUUCGCUUGAUUCGCAACUCUUGCAGUCGCUCACCGGAUUCAAUUCACUCGAUCGAAUCGUCUCUGCUUCAGUCGCAUUUUUCUUUUGGCUGGCUCGACGCGUACCGGGCUGCUGGCACACGCUGCUCCGCAUUUCAAGCCCCCUGUUCAGCCUGCUCGAAGGUGUUGCGUCUCUUCUCGUCAUCCAGUCACUGGCUUCCACAUCACGAUGGAUCAUCGCGUCUUCACUGGCCAAUCCUUCGCCUCGAUACCAGCACACGUCCUCGACUGCAACCCCUUCAGCAAGAGGCGCCGCAUGGAUGUCCAACACCUUUAUCAUGCGAUCGCUCGCAUCCAUCGGAUUUGGCGCGAGUGAAGUCUGGCAGAUCUUCUUCCUGCUAGUAUCCGCGACCAUCUAUGUCACCGCCGCCUUUGCGCUCUACGUCUCCUUUGACGGUGCCACCAAGGAGCGCCCCGGCACCGCAGCCGCUAUCGCCACUUCGGUCACAUCUACUCUUUGGCUCACCGCGAUCGCCUUUGCCAUCCGUAAGGGCAACGUCAUCGAAACCUCACUCAUGUUUGCCUACGUCGUCUUCAACAUUUAUCAACUCGGCCCAAGUCUUUCCUUCACCCCAGACCCCAUCUCGCUCAUCCGGAGCUUCAAAGUGAAUACUCACGGACAGGCGUUUGUCGACAAGCUACCACGCUCAUUACAAGCACCCUUGACCAGCAAGAUCCUUCGUGCGGCAAGUGGCCUGCUCCAAGUGAUUGCGCAUUGGCUAGGUCAUUCGGUAGACUUUCUCCAUGCUGCAGGCGCGGCGUUACCAAAGUCAGUCAUCGUCAGCUUGAUCUACCGCUUAAUGGUCUUGUAUGCUGCCAGUCGGAUCUUGCCCAUGUUGAAGGGGAGUGUUGCGCCUCCGCACACCGAGGAUGGCAUGCACAGCACAGCUCGUUGGGGUCGUGCACGCGCCAACAGCUACGGUGAUGAAUCCGAUGGUACUACCACCACCAGCAGUGAAUCCUCAGCGUCGUCUUUCGUAGGCACCGAAGUCGAGGAAUUGGAAGAAGAAGUGUGGGACGAAGAUGAAGGACGCUGGAUUUUGCAAAGGCGACGAUUGAGGAGACGCAGGAGAAGAAAGACCCCGUUGGAUGGCGACCUGGAAGAGGACAGUAGCAGCACUGGCGGUAGCAGUGGCGACAAGUAUUCCGAGGAUGAUAGUGGGAUAGCGUACAUAGAGGAAACGUCGUUGGCGGAUGAAUUAAAGGAGCCGAUGAGUUUGGCGGAUACCUUGAAGAGUCCACCGCCGAGGAAAAGCUUGCGUGGAGGGUCGAGAGGAAAGCGUGGACAACAAAGGCGCGAGAAUUCGAGCAGGAAGAAAGCAGGACAUGGACAUGCCAGUGACCAAAAACAUGCCUCAAAAGCCGACGGUGACGCCACUGCUGAUUCCGUACCUUGGAUAACAGCUGAGAGCUCAACGUCGACCACGGCUCGUAAAAGACCUAAUCUCUCACGGCAACCCUCGGAAUCACGACGACACAAAAGACCGAGACCUCCGUCGAGUCCACCCUCGAUCGCCACAACGUCCACUUGCUCGUCACCAUUCCAUCCACCUGCACAAGCUGAGACGUUCACGAGUAUCAUCUCGAUCCUGGUCUCCUACUCGCGCCUAAUCCUGAUCGCUGUCUACAGCCACCUGCUGCUACUCGAUCAAGCCAACCAGAUUUACUGGCGCUUUCUAACCGUAGGUCUCACACUCGUACUCUGGGGCCUAGAAAUCACCAUUUCAAAAGAGGACGACGUUGGUGUGGGUGGAGUAGGCGACUUGGGAGCUGCCGCUGCAAAGGCUUAG